AUGUCAACCGUUUACGACUUCGACCGUCAGGAAGAGUCUGACAUCUCUAAGGUCGUCCCCAAGCUCAAGGGCGAGUCAAACUUCUCCCAAUGGCGCCUCCGCCUGUACAUGGCGCUAAGGGAGAAUAACAAAAUCUAUGUCGACCUCCUCAAUGGCGACCUCACCGAGCCAACUCCAUCGGUGCUCGCUGAUGUGUCCCCAGAUGUGGUCCGCGAGGUCCUCAUACAUAGGGCCUCCAAUGCCGCGUUUAUUACUGAUAACGUCGUGCCGAAUGUUCGCUGCUGCAAUUUGAUCUUCAGCACCCUCGAUGCUAUUCCAGCAUCCCAUGUCCAGAGCAUUGAAAAUGCCUUCCAGUGUUAUGCCAUGCUACGUGCGGAAUAUGAGUCUUCCUCCUGGCAAGGGAACUUCAGACGGUUCGAAGUGCUGGAUAAUAUCCAGUACAAGAACAAUCCACAAGAUUUUGUUCGACGAUUCAAGGAUGCUCUUUUCGAGAUCCAUCAGAGAGAAAGCCAACUCUCCCCGAACAUGAUCCUGAAUUUCUUUGUCAAGGCGAUCCAUCUCAAUCCCCGGUGUCAAGUGUUCAUUCAGAACCUGAACCCUGACCUCAAUGACCCCAACUUCCUGGCGAAGGUCUACUCAGACUUCAUCAUGACUGAAGGGUCCAACCGGAUUGCGAAUGUGCCGUCGACGUCAUACUCCGCAAAUGCGACCCAAACCUCAUCCUCCAAUGAGAACACCACUUGCAAGAACAAAUCCAGAGGUGGGGGGAGGGGCAGGUCCGGAGACGCGCAGAAGAACAACAAGGACAAAGACAAGGAGAAGAAGAAGCGGCCGGAAAGGGAGGAAGACGCCAUCUGGUGCAAGGUGCACAACACACUGGGUAAUCAUUAUACCCGCAACUGUCCCCUGCUGAAGGGUACCUCUGCAUCCAAUGCGGUAUACCAGCCGUCUCCCAACCAGCCCCCUCAAUCCUGGCAUCCAUACCCACAAGUGACAGUCCCCCAGCCAGGCCAAAUCAUAGGUCAGGUUGACAACCAGGGACGUGUUAUCGCCAUUCAACCUCAACCUCCUAGGUCUCAAGUGAAUGCGAUCUACACACCUCACCCAAGGUCCUUGCCAGCCAUUGAACCUGGAAAUGCCCAAUCAGCUGCUCCCGCGCCCAGAUCGAGUGCCCCCUCUGGAGACCCCCUACUCCGCUAUGAGAAGGACAGUCUCUUUUGUUCUGCACUGUUCAAUGACACGCUGUCCUCUUUCUUCGUCUCGCCAGAAGGCCUGGCUGCCGACACUGGAGACGACACAGCCAAGUGGAUGAUCGACUCUGGAACCAGCACGCACAUGACACCGCACCGCUCUGUCUUCGUCAACUUCAGACAGUGUGUACUGCCGGUACGGACUGCCACAGGUGAAGUCUUCUACACCGAAGGCUAUGGUGACGUUAUUCUGCAACUGCUGGAUCAACACAAGACAGGCAGCCUCCCUCCCCUCACGUUGAAGAAAGUUUGGCUGGCCCCCGAACUGAAGUCGAAUCUGAUUUCCAUGUCAGCUCUUGACUCAGACGACAUAGCCACCUGGACCAAAAACGGAUACAUGACGUUCCUGCACCAGGACUCAACCCUCGGUGGCCCCGAGUCCGUUGUUGGUAAUGCCACUCGUGAGGGAGAGCAUUACUGGCUGAAUUGCUACGGUGUUGACAAGGUCGACUCCAUGCUGCGCUGCAAUCUGGUGACUGGCUCGCAAAGUUCCGUCUUCGCUGUGAAAAAGACGACUCCAAUCUCCGUUGAUCUCGCGCACCGUCGAGCCUGCCACGCAGGCGAAGAUCGCGUUCGGAAGAUGGAGACCCACGGCGAUGGCAUUGCCCUCAAACCAGGCACAGGAGUCACAUUUCCAUGCACCCCGUGCAUUAAGGGCAAGGGCCACGCUCUACCUUUUGGAAAGGUCAGGUCCAUCCGAUCUCGACCAGGUGAACUCUUGCAUCUUGAUGUCUGGGGACCUAUCUCGAUUGCGUCUCACGGCGGUGAACAUUACUUCGUUACCUUCACCAACGAUGCGACUAGGUACACAUGGCUCUUCUUGCUCAAAUCGAGAGCUGAAGUUACUGAGAAGUUCAUCAGUCUCGAGAGCUACCUACGGACGCAGUUCAACUAUGUCGUGAAGAGGGUACAUGGAGACGAUGCGCCGGAACACAAGCCUCUUGAUAGGUAUCUGAAGUCGAGAGGCGUAGUGUGGGAUCCCACUCCUCCUUACACUCAGCAACUGAACGGGGUCUCGGAGAUCAAGAACCGACACCUCGUGGAGCCACUUGUGGCAAUCAUGUCUGAGUACCAGCUCCCCAAGUACCUUUGGGGCUAUCUGCUUGGUGGAGUGACCUACACUAUGAACCGCCUGUACGCGUCCCGCAUUGGCAUGUCCCCAUACGAAGCUCUUUACGGGAAAAAGCCAGACCUCUCCAAUCUGCGUGCCCUAGGGUGCCAGUGCUGGCAUUUGAUCCCCAAUGAGAAGCGAGCUACAAAGCUCGACCCUCACAUGGAUGAAGCACGCUUCAUAGCGUAUGACGAAGGCGACAGUUACGUCCUCUACAACAUACGGACGAAGAAGAUUGUCCGCUCUCGUCACGUCAUCUUCAACGAGAACCCGGCCCCCAAGGAUCUUCCUGACCCUGCGUACGAUCUGAACAUCGCAGACAUGGGCUCGCGCCCCGAAGGACAACCUUCUCUUCAUGGCCAUGUCCCCAUUGACUUUCUCAAUGACUUGGACCAUCAUGGCAUGCCGAGGACUCAACUCGAUGAUGCAGACUCCGCCAAUCAAGGCCCGGUCCGAACUCACAUUCCGACCAUUCCCGUGCGUUUCGGGACUCCGCCUCCUCCAACGGUCGAGGACACGGAUGAUACGCACCUGUUUGCACCCGCAAGCCCACCCUUGCGAGCGUCAGACCCGGCCGUCCUUCGUGAGAAUCCGACCUUCCCGACGGCUAAACACCACCUUUCAGGUAUUGACCGUUUCGGACGCACCUCACUGGCCCGUGGUCAAGACGACUCCUACCCCACAAUGCCGCACCCUCCUGCAACAGAGGCUGCCGCUCCCGCACACCCCCGAGUCUCUCCGCAGACUCCAACCGAGGUUCCCCAACAGGAUCACUUCUUCUCGGAUCCUGCUCCAGCGGAUUCCCCGGAUCCCCCUCCAGCGGAUUCUGUUGAUCCUGGGGAUCCCCCAACUCUCAGGCGCUCAACGAGGCUCAAGAAGCCAUCUCAGGCGUACCUUGACAGUGUUGCCAGCAGGUCCUUCUUCGACAGCAAUGUCCUGCAGCUCCUCACGAGUUCACCUGACAUACUGUUGAACCUUUUCUCUGCCGUCACGGCGAAGGGAACGUCAUACGCACCCUCCAAGCUCAAGCCGACUGAUAUAGGCUUUGAACCCAAUAACUGGAAGGAAGCGAUGAACUUCUUUUCAUCAAAGAUUUUGCUCAUAACAAACUGCGUGGAGAAGGACAAAUGGCUGGUCGCUGCACACAAGGAGCUUGCCCGUCACAAUCUGAAUGGCACCUGGAGACUCCUUCCUCGCACGAAAGCAAAGGGCCGCAAGCCCCUCACACUGCGUUGGGUCUUUAAGAUCAAGCAUGAUGGCACCUACAAAGCUCGCCUCGUCGCUCGUGGUUUCCGUCAGAUCAAGGACCAGGACUUCCAUGAGGUGUAUGCAGUUGUUGCCAAGCCGAUGUCCUUCAAGCUGUUCGUAGCUAUCGCUGCAUCGAAAGGCUGGCCCAUACACCAUGUCGAUAUCACGACCGCGUUUCUCUAUGCUGAGCUGAAGGAACCGAUUGAGAUCAAGCUCCCUGAAGGACAGCAGGAGGAACAUCCAGGCUUCAUAGGCCUACUUGAGAAGACCAUUUACGGUCUUAAGCAGAGCCCCCGGGAGUGGUAUCACCUACUCCAUGAUGUACUCAUAUCCAUGGGUUUUGUACGAACCCAAUCGGACCACUCCGUCUUCAUCCGAAAAGAAGACGAUUUGUACGUCAUGGUUUACGUCGAUGACCUUUUGGUGUUAUUCCCCUCGGAGGACACUAUACGGACCUUCAGGACAGCAAUUUCUCGUCACUUUGACAUCUCCGACAAGGGUGCCCUUGAACGCUAUCUGGCUAUCAACGUGCACUACGGACGUCACGGCGAGAUCCUCCUCUCCCAGUCUGACUAUGUGGACCAUAUUCUCACUCGCUUCGGCCUCGAGAAUUGCAAUCCCGUAGCCACUCCAAUGGAUGAGAGGACUGUCCUGACUCCAUUUGAUGAUGGCACCGCCACAAAGGCUCAGGUAAAGGAGUACCAGACCAAGGUCGGUACCCUGAUCUGGUUGAUGAUUUCAACCAGGCCUGAUCUCUCCUUUGUGACCAUCAAGCUCGCUAGACAUGCGAGGAACCCAGGAGAAGCUCAUUUCCUAGCGCUGAAACGAGUCUUCAGAUAUCUGGCAGGGACGAAGAACCUCACCCUGACGUUCUUUCCGGCGAGUACAACUGCCGCCACAGCAAGCUCUGGCGCAAACACCCACACCGCAGACCCCGCCCUCUGCGGUUACUGCGAUGCAGACUGGGCCGGACCGCACAGCGAAAAGGGACUCUCCACUUCUGGCUUUGUCUUCAUGAUGGCUGGUGGACCAAUUUCUUGGACCAGCAAGAAGCAACCAUGCGUGGCACUCUCCACUACUGAGAGUGAGUACAUCGCUGAGGCACUGGCCGUGCAGGAAGCCUUAUGGCUUACGCAGCUCCUACUUGAGAUUGGAAUCGAGGGCUUUCUCAAAAAGCCGAUCCCAAUUUACGCUGACAACAAUGGGGCCAUUGCGCUUGCCUCAAACCCGGAGUUCCAUGCGGCUACGAAACACAUAGCCAUCAGAUUCCAUCGACUCCGUGAUGAAGUGGCCGCGGGAUCUGUACGCUUUGUGAAGAUUCCCACCGCGCAAAUGGCCGCAGACGGAUUGACGAAACCCUUAGCCAAGAUCAUGUUUCGUCGUUGGAUUUCACAGAUCGGCCUCCAUGACAAUGUGGGGGGCUAG